AUGGCGAGCCUCCGCGGGUUAUCACGACCGGUUCGCAGCCUUCCGCUCGCUCAAUUAGCCCGCCAAACUGCCGGUGGUCUCAGGUCAAGACGAUGCGUCUCGUCGCAGGCCGCCGAGGCUGCCGCUCCUGUGUUGAAUGAGCUCGAGCAGACAUCGUUGGAUGUGCCGGAGCUCAGUCAUGAGGAGAAGCUGCAGUAUCGCCCAUGGAAGCGCGCGAAGGACCGCAAGAUGAGGCUCCCUGCACAGAGAUACCAGUACCACCCCCCCAAGUAUUACCGCGGUCCUCUGCAUCCGGUUCAAGUCCCUCCCUCCUCGGACCCCAUCGCCCGCGAUUUCGUCCCCGGUCCCUUCAACAACCCGCGCCUGCGACAGACCUACUAUAGCACCGUUGCCUCGGACAUCAUGACGCUCACCUAUAUGCACGUCCCCCCCGGCACCCCCGAAAAAGAUUACUCCCAGCGCCUGCGCAGCUGGGACGACUCCUCGCCCUACCACAAGAAUCGUCCCCUUCGCGGGCCCCGCGGCGGCUCAGCCCUGCCCCUGAUUGAACGCCCCAUCACGUUCAAUAACAUCCCGCGCAUCGAGGAGAUCACCAUUGCGACGUACGUGCCCGAGGCGAUCCAGGAGCCUGAUUACCUGCUUGUGGCGCGGACGAUGCUACUGGCACUGACAGGGACGACACCCGAAAUUACGAAGACCAAGAGUAACGUGGUGCAGUGGCGGAUUCAGAAGGGGAAGAAGGCGGGCGUGAAGACGACGCUCACGGGGAAUGCGGCGUAUGAGUUUCUGGAUCGGUGUAUUCAUUUGGUGUUUCCAAGGAUUAAGGAUUGGGAGGGAAUUAAUGCUUCGACGGGCGAUGGCUCGGGCAAUCUGGCCUGGGGUUUUGAUCCCGAGCAGAUGAAGCUCUUCCCGGAGAUUGAGGUUAACUAUUGGCUGUAUCCUCCAAAGAUGCUCCCCGGCUGCCGCGUUUUCGUCAAGACGACGGCGACUUCGGAUAGACAGGCAAGGCUGCUGCUGCAGGCUAUGGGCCUGCCGUUUACCGGCAAAAUCCGUGACUAG